GAGAAAACCAGGAGAAAGAAGAACACGUACAAGGCGGACGCGGUGAGAGCAGCACAGGACAGCACGAGUGCCAAAGACUGGGGCUGCGCACCAUAUCAUCUAACCGUAGACGUUUUCCCGGACACCUCAUUCUUACAGGAAUAUAAACCUAUCUGUGGACUGAGCAGCCAUGUCAGCCAAAGCCAUCUCGGAGCAGACAGGGAAGGAGUUCCUCUACAAGUACAUCUGCACCUCAGCCGCCGUGCAGAACCGCUUCAAGUACGCCAGCGUGACCAACGACACCGACUGGGACCGACUUGCUCAGGACCACCCCUGGCUGCUCACAGAGCGGUUGGUGGUGAAGCCAGACCAGCUGAUAAAGAGGAGAGGGAAGCUGGGUCUGGUGGGGGUCGACCUGGACCUGCCGGGCGUGCGGGAAUGGCUGAAGCCCCGCCUCAUGAGGGAGACCACGGUCGGAAAAGCUAAGGGCACCCUGAAGAAUUUCCUCAUCGAGCCGUUUGUAGCUCAUGAACAGGAGGAGGAGUUCUACGUCUGCAUCUACGCCACGCGAGAGGGCGACUACGUGCUCUUCCACCACGAGGGCGGGGUGGACGUGGGCGACGUGGACUCCAAGGCCCAGAAGCACCUGGUGGCGGUGGAUGAGAAGCUGAGCGAGGAAACAGUGCUGAGUCAGCUGCUCACCCACGUGCCCCCCGGCAAGAAAGAGGUGCUGGCCAGCUUCAUUGUGGGACUCUUCAAUCUGUACGAGGACUUGUACUUCACCUACCUGGAGAUAAACCCACUGGUGGUCACCGAAGAGGGUGUCUUCGUACUGGAUAUGGCGGCCAAAAUCGAUGCCACGGCUGACUACAUAUGCAAGGCGAAGUGGGGAGACGUGGAGUUCCCACCGCCCUUUGGGAGGGAGGCCUACCCUGAGGAAGCCUACAUCGCAGACCUGGACUCCAAGAGCGGAGCCAGCCUGAAGCUGACCCUGCUCAACCCAAGGGGCAGGAUCUGGACCAUGGUGGCCGGCGGAGGGGCAUCUGUGGUGUACAGUGACACCAUCUGUGACUUGGGCGGAGUGGACGAGCUGGCUAACUACGGGGAGUACUCCGGGGCGCCCAGCGAGCAGCAGACGUACGACUACGCCAAGACCAUCCUGUCGCUAAUGACCCGGGAGAAACACAAAGACGGAAAAGUCUUGAUCAUUGGCGGAAGCAUUGCCAACUUCACAAAUGUUGCUGCCACUUUCAAGGGCAUCGUGCGAGCCAUCAAAGACUACCAGGUCCCCCUGCAGGAGCACGAGGUCACCAUCUUCGUGCGCCGAGGAGGCCCCAACUACCAGGAGGGGCUGAGGGUGAUGGGAGAAGUGGGGAAGACCACUGGGAUCCCCAUCCACGUUUUCGGCACGGAGACCCACAUGACCGCCAUCGUUGGCAUGGCGCUGGGUCACAGGCCCAUCCCCAACCAGCCUCCCGUGGCCGCGCACACCGCCAACUUCCUCCUCAACUCCAGUGGCAGCAUUUCGACCCCAGCUGCCAGCAGGACCGCCUCCUUUUCUGAGCCCAAGUUGCACAACGACGCCACGCCUGCCAAAAAGUCCAAGCCGGGCAUCCCCCCAGAUCAGGGUUGCUCCUGGGAUGCAGCAACCUUCUCCCAGUUCUUCUGUGAAAAGCCUUCCUUCCUGUGUACGGUCUCACGAGAACAGCAGGCCCCGUCACACAAAGUCGGAGCGAAGGCCACCACUCUCUUCAGCAAGCACACAAAGUCCAUUGUGUGGGGCAUGCAGACGAGGGCAGUGCAGGGCAUGCUGGACUUUGACUACGUUUGUUCCCGCGAGGACCCCUCUGUGGCGGCUAUGGUCUACCCCUUCACUGGGGACCACAAGCAGAAGUUCUACUGGGGCCACAAGGAAAUCUUAAUCCCGGUGUACAAGAACAUGGCCGAUGCCAUGAAGAAGCACCCGGAGGUGGACGUGCUCAUCAGCUUCGCCUCGCUGCGCUCGGCCUUUGACAGCACCAUGGAGACCAUGCAGCACCCCCAGAUCCACACCAUUGCAAUCAUUGCAGAGGGCAUCCCUGAGGCUCAGACCAGGAAAAUCAUUAAGAGAGCAGACGAGAGGGGUGUGACCAUCAUUGGUCCAGCAACGGUGGGUGGGAUCAAACCUGGCUGCUUUAAAAUCGGAAACACCGGGGGCAUGCUGGACAACAUCCUGGCCUCUAAGCUCUACCGGCCGGGCAGCGUGGCCUACGUGUCCCGCUCCGGAGGAAUGUCCAACGAGCUCAACAACAUCAUCUCCCGCACGACUGACGGUGUCUUCGAGGGAGUGGCCAUCGGGGGCGACAGGUACCCAGGCUCCACAUUCAUGGAGCAUGUACUGCGCUAUCAGGACACCCCUGGAGUCAAGAUGAUCGUGGUGCUGGGAGAGAUUGGAGGCACGGAGGAAUACAGGAUUUGCCAAGGCAUCAAAGAAGGCAGGCUCACCAAACCUGUGGUGUGCUGGUGCAUCGGGACCUGUGCUACCAUGUUCUCCUCCGAGGUGCAAUUUGGCCAUGCUGGGGCCUGCGCCAACCAGGCCUCCGAGACGGCAGUGGCCAAGAACCAGGCCUUGAGCGAGGCGGGGGCCUUUGUUCCCAAAAGCUUUGAUGAACUGGGGGAUGUCAUCAGGUCAGUUUAUGAGGACCUUGUAGCCGAAGGUAUCAUCAUUCCGGCACAGGAGGUGCCCCCCCCAACAGUGCCAAUGGACUACUCUUGGGCAAGGGAGUUGGGUCUGAUCCGGAAGCCAGCCUCCUUCAUGACCAGCAUCUGCGAUGAGCGGGGUCAGGAGCUGAUCUAUGCCGGCAUGCCCAUUACAGAGGUCUUCAAAGAGGAGAUGGGCCUGGGAGGAGUGCUGGGGCUGCUCUGGUUCCAGAGAAGGUUGCCACGGUAUGCCUGCCAGUUCAUAGAGAUGUGCCUGAUGGUGACAGCGGAUCACGGUCCAGCAGUGUCCGGUGCCCACAACACCAUCGUCUGUGCCCGUGCUGGAAAGGAUCUCAUCUCGAGCUUGACAUCAGGCCUGCUCACCAUCGGUGACCGCUUCGGAGGGGCUCUGGAUGCUGCUGCCAGGAUGUUCAGCAAGGCUUUCGACAGCGGCCUCCUGCCCAUGGAGUUUGUCAACAAGAUGAAGAAAGAGGGCAAACUGAUCAUGGGCAUCGGACACAGGGUGAAGUCGAUCAACAAUCCUGACAUGAGAGUCCAGAUACUGAAGGACUUUGUGAAGCAGCAUUUUCCUGCCACACAGCUGCUGGACUACGCCCUGGAUGUAGAGAAGAUCACCACCUCUAAGAAACCCAACCUCAUCCUGAAUGUGGAUGGAUUCAUCGGGGUGGCUUUUGUGGACCUGCUCAGGACAUGUGGCGGAUUCACACGGGAUGAAGCUGAUGAGUUUGUGGAGAUCGGGGCCCUGAAUGGAAUCUUCGUCCUGGGUCGUAGCAUGGGCUUCAUUGGACACUACUUGGACCAGAAGAGACUGAAGCAGGGUCUGUACAGGCACCCUUGGGACGACAUCUCCUACGUGCUUCCAGAACACAUGUCCAUGUAACUGCGGAAACUGUAGAGCCAGCCUUAUCCUGGAAGGCGAAGCCCAGGACCACUGCUUUCAGUUCUCUCUCCAUUACUGCAACUGGAAAGAAGGGGUGUGGAUGGGGAAAGGUGAUUUGGUGGAGGGACAUUGGGUUCGGAUGGGUAGUUGUUCACCAGUUCUUCAUCAGCCACAAUAGAAGAGAAACUAUGACCGGUAGUAUGAUUGACAAAAGACAUUUUGCUUAUUGAUUCACAGGACAAACUAGGGGAGAUUCAGCGCAGGUUAAAACAGUGUGGUCACAUCAAGGGAAGGGGAGUGGGAGGCAAAUUUUAGCUGGGGGGGGUCUUCGGUUUUUAUGACCACAGUGGCACAUGGUAUGAACCGACCCACACUUUCAGUCUCUCACCGUAUGCAAUAUUCAUGGAGCCCGGUGGUUUUGGUUCAUCCUGAUUGAUUUACAGUUGGCUGCCCUUUCAUCACCUAGCACAAAAUACUGUAUUACUUCUUUAACAACACACUAGCAUGAGUACCUGGCUGUGUUUAAGUUAAUGCUACCAUAUCCCAGUGUUCUCGUCAAAUCUCUUCAAAGAAGUGUGCCGUUCAAAUCAAAGGCAUGCUGUGCUAUCCAAGUUACUGCACCUUAAUCAGCCACUUGCUAUAGCGAAAUGUAUACAGAAAUAGUGUGUAAAAACAAAAACAACAUGGUAGUAAGUAGCCUUUGAAUGCAAGUGCAGACCUAAAGUGUUAGCCACUGGCACUGUUUGAGAGUGGUGAGUUAUAUGAUGCUAUUCCUCUGACGACUAGGUGUCUUAGACCUGACUUUGACCCUCACAUCCUCCUGGGUUCACAGCUGCACAUGACCUCCAUAGCCCCAUAGCCUUAUGGGUGUGCACAUGAGUAUUAUAGUGAUAUUCCUGCCCUGUUGGAGCGUAUGAGCAGACCUCAGUGGCUGUUGAUAGAAACAUACCCUCCCCUCUGCUCCUUAUUUGGCAUUGAAUACAUUGUCCAUAAAACAUUAAACUUCAUCAUAAAUUUACCACUGUUGUAAAAUAACAAGUACUCACACUAAUUUAAACAUGUCUUGGCAUGUUAUGAGGCCAGUUUAGGGGUUGCCUGACUCGUAGAUAGCCAUUGUCUUUUGCAGACUGCAGACCUGAUGUGAAUUAUGUUGGGAAAUGAUAUUUUGCAAUUUUGUGUAUAAGGUGGGGGUUGGUCCAGCAGUGAAGCUCUCGAAAUUCUGUUAACUCGCUGUUUACUUCUCCUAUUGGCCCCUAUGAAACAUGUGACCACUUCUUCUUUUACCUCACCCCAGGUCUCCUCAUUCAAAAAAACAAACAAACCUUGGUAAAUUUAGGUGAUGUUGACUCUUGAAUAAGGCCCAGUAAGUCUUGACUUGUGAGGGACCAUAGUAAUCAAGGCAUUUCCUUUUACCCAAAUGUGAUGACUUGUUGGCAAGCAUGACCCCCACGUGCCAUUAUUCCUGUGAGCUGUGAGGUUCUGUAACAAGGGUCUAUCUGUGUUUAGUAGUACAUUUCAUUUCCACACUCAUCAAGAGAUAUCCACAAAUAUUAAACGGAUCACCAACACUUUGGAAAGAACUGUCAACCUGCUAUGUUCCAUUUUUAUACGUUUUACUCCGUUUUAUUUGAUGUGAAAUUAAUGUGCUUCUGUAUUGCUAAUGUAAGUAAUAUAUUAAUAACUUUAAACUGUAAUAUUGUAGUAUAAUAAAGUACCUCUUGGAUAA